AUGCCAACUUCCACUAAUAUCAAAGAUUCAAGUACUAAAAUUAAUUGGUUAAAAAAAUUAUUAAAAAUGUUAACUUGCACUAAUAUCAAAGAUUCAAGUGAUAACAUUAAUUGGUUAGAAAAAUCAGCUAAGAAGGGUGAUGAAGGGUCAAUGCAUAGUCUUGCUUUACAUUACUACAAAGGUAAAGGGACAGAGAAGGACUUGGGAAUGGCCUUUUACUGGUUUCAGAAAGCGGCAGGAAAGGGUUAUAAAGAGUCAAUGCACAAUCUUGCCUUACAAUACUACAAAGGUGAAGGGACAGAGAAGGACUUGGAAAUGGCCUUUCACUGGUAUCAGAAAGCGGCAGAGAAGGGCUAUGAAGG